AUGACCGAUACAUUAAAAGAUUUUCGUUCAAUUUGCAGAAAAAUUAUUUGUAUUGGACGUAAUUAUAGUGAACAUGCGAAAGAAUUAGGUAAUGUUGUACCAACUCAACCUAUAAUAUUUAUGAAACCAUCGACUGCUCUUGUUAUUGAACCAAAUGAUAUUAAAAUUCCAUCUGAGUGGGAUGAACUUCAUCAUGAAGUUGAAUUAGGUGUUAUAAUAGAUAAAACAUGUCAAAAUGUUUCAAAAGAAGAAGCUGAAGAAAAUAUUGGUGGUUAUUGUUUAGCACUUGAUAUGACUAGUAGAAAAAUUCAAGAUGAUUUAAAAAAACAAGGUCAUCCAUGGUUACUUUCUAAAGGUUUUGAUACAUCAUGUCCAUGUGGAGAUUUUAUUGAGAAAAAUCAAAUUGAUUUAUCAUCUGUUAAUCUUUGGCUUAAUGUUAAUGAAAAUAUAAAACAAAAUGGUCAUACAUGUGAUAUGAUCUUUUCAGUACCAGAUUUAAUUGUUUUUAUAUCAAAAUAUAUUACACUUGAACAUGGAGAUUUAAUUUUAACAGGAACACCAUCUGGUGUUGGACCUGUUAAACGAGGUGAUCAAAUAACAGCAGGAAUUAAUGGAAAAGAUGAUUUUAAAUAUACAAUGAAAUUCAAUGUUGUAUAA